CCGGCCGAGGUGCGACGAAACCUCUCGGUGUCUCCCCAGAUGUGCGAGAAGUUUACCGUCUGCGAGAACAGCAUGGAAAUGCUCCUCCAGAACAACCUCAACCUCCCCAAGGUGACGGAGGAAGACGGGUGUCUGCUCACCGGCUUCGAUGAGGAUAAAUGCUUGAGGAAAAUCUCCAGCGGGCUUUAUACAUUUCAGACGUAUCUCGAAUACGUAAAAAAAACUUUUACUAGUGAAAAGCAAAACGUCGAAUCGCUGUGCUAUAGCACAGAGCACCUGGCAGGUACCAUAAGACAAAUGGUGAUCAAUCCCGAUGAAGUAAUCAUCCCAGACUCAGCUACCAAGGAAUCUCUCCACGAAAAGCUGAAGUCCGAUAAGACCUGGAUAGAGAAAAUCACCACUCACCUCAUCCUCCGCGACUUUACUUCGUUUAUGGAGAAAACUGUGAGGGCCGUUCGCUAUUUGAAAAAUACCAGGAGUAUCAGUGUCUGAAUGUUUUAAUUCAGGCACAAUCCU